AUGUUUUCACAAGUUUGUUGCCAGAAACGAUGUAAAUCAGGGGUGGGCAAAUUACGCCCCGCAAAGCCUUGUUUGCCAAAGAAAGGUCGUCAGCCAGAUUUUAUGACCAAAAAAGAGACCCCUUGCCUGUGCCAUGAUUCUUCAGCAGUCAAACACACCUACUGGGAUGCAAAAAUUUUAUCCAGAAAUUCUGCAAUUCUUAAAUCAAGAGCAAACUACAUAGGCCUUCUCAAACUUAAUAAGUCCGAAAAGCUGUCGAAGUUCUCGCUCAAAGAAUUGGACAUAGCAGGAUCUACAUUACCUGCCAAUCUCAUCACAUUUGACAAACAACUAACUUUUGAAAAACACCUAUCUGAAAUCAUCAAAUCAUUUAAUUAUCAUCUCUGUGCAAUAAAACGCACCAGAGUCAGAUAUACGAUUACAUGUGAUGUCGCUGCAGCUGCUGGUGGUCCUAUCAAAAUGGACAACUGCAAUUCUCUGUUAUCUAAAGCCUCACGUACCUCUAUCAAAAAAGAAACUAAAAACUACCCAAAAUAA